UUCUCGCUGCACUUCGUCGUGUCAACUUCGACAACUUUUUUUCUCUUUUACUUCCGUCGCUUGUACUUGUACACUCAAAAAUGGGAAAGCCCCGAGGUCUUCGAACUGCCCGGAAGCACGUGAACCACCGCCGUGACCAACGAUGGGCGGAUAAGGACUACAAAAAAGCCCAUUUGGGUACCCGCUGGAAGGCCAAUCCAUUCGGUGGAGCAUCUCACGCCAAAGGAAUUGUCCUGGAGAAGGUGGGUGUAGAAGCCAAACAGCCCAACUCUGCCAUCAGAAAGUGCGUUCGUGUCCAAUUAAUUAAGAAUGGCAAGAAAAUUACGGCUUUCGUACCGCGAGACGGCAGUUUGAACUACAUUGAGGAGAACGAUGAAGUCCUAGUGGCUGGUUUCGGACGCAAAGGUCAUGCCGUCGGUGACAUUCCCGGUGUCCGUUUUAAGGUGGUUAAAGUGGCGAACGUGUCGCUCUUGGCGCUCUACAAAGAGAAGAAGGAACGACCACGAUCCUAAGUAGAUAGGAUCAAAAUUUAUUUUCUUAUUUAUUAAGAAAAGAAAGACGCGUUAAUAAAGAAGAAGGUGGGAAGAAAAAGUAAA